UCUCCCAGCGCCACGUCUUGAGAAAGUGUCCGUCCCAAGCAGCAGUUGGAAGGAGCCGGGCGGAUCGGAGCGGGUUCUGUGGUGAAGCGGUCAACGAGAGGAGAGAGAUUACCCAGUUUAUCUUCUGCUUGGACCAGAGCUAUGUCAUGGAUCAAGGAAGGACAGUUGUCACUGUGGGAACGGUUCUGUGCCAACAUCAUAAAGGCAGGCCCAAUACCCAAACACAUUGCAUUUAUCAUGGAUGGGAACCGUCGCUAUGCUAAGAAGUGCCAAGUGGAGCGGCAGGAGGGCCACUCACAGGGCUUCAACAAGCUGGCGGAGACUCUGCACUGGUGUUUGAACCUGGGCAUCCGAGAGGUGACGGUGUACGCGUUCAGCAUUGAGAACUUCAAACGCUCCGAGAGAGAAGUAGAGGGGCUAAUGGAUUUGGCUCGACAGAAAUUCAGCUGCUUGCUGGAAGAACAGGAGAAACUGCAGAAGCACGGGGUAUGUAUCCGGGUCCUGGGUGAUCUGCAUUUGUUGCCCUUGGAUCUCCAGGAGCUGAUUGCACAAGCUGUGCAGGCCACCAAGAACUACAACCAGUGUUUCCUGAAUGUCUGUUUUGCAUACACGUCCCGUCAUGAGAUCAGCAACGCUGUGAGAGAGAUGGCCUGGGGAGUGGAGCAGGGCCUGCUGGACCCCAGCGAUGUCUCUGAGUCUCUGCUUGACAAGUGCCUCUAUACCUACCACUCUCCUAAUCCUGACAUCUUAAUACGGACUUCUGGAGAAGUCAGGCUCAGCGACUUUCUGCUCUGGCAGACCUCCCACUCCUGCCUGGUGUUCCAGCCUAUUCUGUGGCCAGAAUACAUGUUUUGGAACCUCUGUGAAGCCAUCCUGCAGUUCCAGAUGAACCAUAGCAUGCUUCAGCAGAAGGCCCGAGACAUGUAUGCAGAGGAGCGGAAGAGGCAGCAGCUGGAGAGGGACCAGGCUGCAGUGACAGAGCAGCUGCUGCGAGAGGGGCUCCAGGCCAGUGGGGACGCCCAGCUCCGACGGACACGCUUGCACAAACUCUCAGCCAGACGGGAAGAGCGAGUCCAAGGCUUCCUGCAGGCCUUGGAAGUCAAGCGGGCUGACUGGCUGGCACGACUGGGCACUGCAUCAGCCUGAGUGAGGCUGGCCUCCUGCUACUUUGCCCUGCCCUCUGCCUCCAGGGCCCCACUCCCCUUUCUUUUCUUGAAGGGUACCUCCCUCCUGAUGAUGAGUCAUGUUCCCUUUGCUUGUGGGGGGAGCCCCAGAGGCCAGUUUAUGCUGGCCAUAGAUACCUGUGGGUUGCCUGGGACAGUGGUCCCUUGGGAAGAUUGAGGGUGAAAGUCUCCCACAAGUACCCUAAACACAGCUCUGGCCGUCGAUAGGUUUGGAGAGCAGGGAGCCCCAGCUCUUCUGCUGCCUCUCCUUUCACCUUUGCCGUCUCUGCCUGUGCUUCCAGAUGCACUGCUUUUUCCACCAGCACAUCCUUUGACAAAAUUGUGAGGGAGAAGUCUCCCAAAACCCUCACCCUUUACCCAUCCUUCUUAGCCUUCCAUGUGAUUUUCACAAAAGAUCUGGCUCCACCUCGGAUCUGCUGGGAAAUAGCUAAUAGGCAGCCAGCGUCAUUUGGGCAAGGAAGGAGAGGGAGAGACAGAAAGAAAAUUUGCCCAUCUGCUGAUCCCCCUCCCCUCGGCUCUCCACCUGGGAUUUGCUAUUGAAUCUCUACCCCCUCCCACCAUGCAGCGCUGAUUGCUCACUGAAAGGCUCAGCGCCCCCAGUGGCGCAGAAGCCAGGCGGGUGAUUACAAUCCAAUUACAUAUUGUCGACUCAGCCCACACAAGCUUUCAUCCUCCUCUUGCAGGGCAUGGGGCCAGGCUCCACUCCCCAGUGAGGCAGGCCCCCUCCAUGGCUCCAGGGUAACAGAAGGGCCUACAGGCCGUGGUGAAUCUAGUCCAGCACAUGCCUCCUUCCCUGGAACACAUCAGGACCAAGAACACAGAAGUACUUUCCAACUGAAUGCCUCCUGCCCUCACCAUCUCAUACUCUGCCUCCCACCUCCUCAGUCUUUGAGGCUUCUCCCAGCUUUUUUGGCCUGGACCCUUAAGUAGGCCCUGAGACAAUUUAUCCUCAGCAUGUCUCUCAGCUUGUGAGGGCCAGGGCUGCCCAGCAGGAAGAGGGUCCAGUCAAGGGCUGUGUCCUUUCCCUUAACUUCUCCCCACUAGGCCUCACUGCAGAGUUGCUGAGAGGAUUAGUGCCUUUGAAGAGCUAUUUGCCUGAACAACUCUGCUUCAGGUGUCCCAGAGCAGCAAGCACCAGCCAGUAAUACCAACCAGUGGCUACUUCUAGUUUUCCCAUUUUACUAUCUGAAAACUUUCCCCCAGCGCCUCCCUUUGAUGGAGGGUGGGGUCCUGCAAGCAAAGCUGAGUAUGCUCUAGUCGCCUCCGCGCCUCCCUGGACCUAGCUAGAUCCCUGGCACAAGAAAAUCAGGCUUGAAUGCCAGACGCGAUGGAGAAGCAGAUCAACGCACCCUUUGGCAAGCCCCCCACACACACCUGGCACAGGGUUCCCAGAGAGCAGGUGCUGUAAAUUUUCCAGCUUUACAAUGCAGUUGUUGACAGCCUUAAUUAGGGAGGCAUGAAUUAUGGGACUAUAAUGCAGAGCCCUACAAUUAAGAUGGCAAUGAGGGGCCGGAGGCAGCACACGGAAUCUGCCCUGUGAGUAUGACCAAGUCUUGUCUGCGUUCUGGGUUUCCCUUAAUACGAUUGGGGUACAGCAGAGGGGUUAUGAAGGGGGCUGGUAUCUCUUUGGCUUGAGGUCCUGUAUUCUCAGGAAGGUGUGCAGGGUCGAUUGGGGACGGGCUGCUUCAGAAGCACUGUAGAAGUGAAAAGGAGAAGCUCAGGGGCCUCUGCUGCCCAGGAGUGGGGGCUGCAAAUAGUUGAUUUGAACUCAGUGUGGUUGCUUUCUACUGGUAUGAUUUGUACCAACCGGCUUCAACCCUUGCCUCAAUAAACUAGAUGGACCCACUUAA